CCCGGCGUGAGUUGCUGCUGGUCUGGCCCGGCGGCGGAGCGGGCGCUAACGGCCCGGGCAGAGGUGGUGGUUCAAAACUCUGCAGCCAGCCAGAAUGACUUCAACAAACAAGGCAAUAGAAUUACAAUUACAAGUGAAACAAAACGCAGAAGAAUUACAAGACUUCAUGAGGGAUUUAGAGAACUGGGAGAAAGACAUUAAACAAAAGGAUAUGGAACUGAGAAGGCAGAACGGUGUUCCUGAAGAGAAUUUACCUCCUAUUCGAAAUAGGAAUUUUAGGAAAAAGAAGAAAGGCAAAGCCAAAGAACCUUCCAAAAAAACCAAAGAGGAAAAUACAAAAAACAGGAUAAAAUCUUACGAUUAUGAAGCAUGGGCAAAACUUGAUGUGGACGGUAUUCUUGAUGAGCUUGACAAAGAAGAUAGUACCCAUGAUUCUCUGUCUCAAGAAUCAGAGUCAGAAGAAGAUGGGAUUCAUGUAGAUUCACAAAAGGCUCUUGCUUUAAAAGAAAAGGGCAAUAAAUACUUCAAACAAGGAAAAUAUGAUGAAGCAAUUGAAUGCUACACAAAAGGCAUGGAUGCUGAUCCGUACAAUCCCGUGCUGCCAACAAACAGAGCGUCAGCGUUCUUCAGAUUGAAAAAAUUUGCUGUUGCAGAGUCUGAUUGUAAUUUAGCAAUUGCCUUGAAUAGAAGUUAUACAAAGGCUUAUGCCAGACGAGGUGCUGCUCGAUUUGCUUUGCAAAAGUUAGAGGAUGCCAAGAAAGAUUAUGAAAAGGUAUUAGAACUGGAACCAAAUAACUUUGAAGCAACAAAUGAACUCAGGAAAAUUAAUCAGGCUUUAACAUCCAAAGAAAAUUCGUAUCCAAAGGAAGCUGAUACAAUGAUUAAGUCAACUGAAGGGGAGAAAAAGCAUAUUGAAGAUCAACAGAAUAAGCAGCAGGCUGUUUCAGAGAAAGAUCUGGGGAAUGCAUUUUUCAAAGAGGGGAAAUAUGAAAGGGCAAUCGAAUGCUAUACUCGAGGGAUAGCAGCAGAUGGCGCAAAUGCUCUUCUUCCAGCUAACAGAGCUAUGGCCUAUCUGAAGAUUCAGAAAUAUGAAGAAGCCGAACAAGACUGCACACAAGCUAUUUUAUUAGAUGGCUCGUAUUCUAAAGCUUUUGCCAGAAGAGGAACUGCAAGAACAUUUUUGGGAAAGCUAAGUGAGGCCAAACAAGAUUUCGAAACUGUUUUACUUCUGGAACCUGGAAAUAAGCAAGCAGUAACUGAACUUUCCAAAAUUAAAAAGGAAUUAAUUGAGAAAGGACACUGGGAUGAUGUCUUUCUUGAUUCCACACAAAGGCAAAACUUGAUAAAACCUGUUGAUAAUCCACCUCAUCUUGGAUCAACUAAACGACUCAAGAAGGUUAUUAUUGAAGAAACUGGUAAUUUGAUACAGACUAUUGAUGUGCCAGAUAGCACCACUGCUGCUGCUCCGGAGAGUAAUCCUAGUAAUUUAGCAAAUGUAAGAGCGACCACAGGCACUGCAAGUAAGAAGAAUUCCAGCCAAGGUGACCUUUUGCCAACAAGUGAUACUCCGAGAGCGAAAGUAUUGAAAAUAGAAGAAAUCAGUGCUACUUCAACCCUGCAACCUCAAGCCAGUUUGAAACAGGAUGUAUGUCAGUCUUCCAGUGGGAAGAUUUCUGCAGAGGUAGAACAAACACCUGCUCGGUUUGUCAGAGCUGUUCUUCCUGCCGUUCCUGCAAACUCAUUCCAGCUUGAAUCUGAUUUCAGGCAACUGAAAAGUUCUCCAGAUAUGUUGUAUAAAUAUGUAAAGCAAAUCGAACCAUCCUUAUAUCCUAAGUUGUUUCAAAAAAAUCUGGAUCCAGAUGUAUUCAACCAAAUUAUUAAAAUUCUGCAUGACUUUUACAUUGAGAAAGAAAAGCCAUCACUCAUCUUUGAAAUCUUACAAAGACUUUCUGAACUGAAAAGGUUUGAUAUGGCGGUGAUGUUUAUGUCAGAAACUGAGAAAAAGAUUGCACAUGUAUUAUUCAAUCAUUUAGACAAAUCAGGAUUGGAAGAUAAUUCUCUUGAAGAACUCAAGAAAAGAUAUGGUGGUUGAUUCCAUUUUUAUUAAAAUGAUUGUUUUUGACUUUCAUAUGUAAAUUUUUUCUUACUGAACAUGUUUUGCUUUUUAAAAAUGAAGUUAUAUAAGAAAGGACUAUCUUUGGUCAUGAGUUAAUUUUAACUGUAAAGUGAAUUGUGACUUAACUAAUGAGAAACAUAUUCAAAUGAAUUACUUAUAAGUUUUUCAGAAAAAUAAAAGCAAUGAGGUAUAUUUGUAAAGGUUAGUAUUUUAUUGAUGAGUAUUUAUUAUAGAUACAUUCUUCAGUUCCCCUAUAAAUGUAACAUUAAUUUUAUAUUUUCAUGAGUUUUGGUGACCACAUGGCUAAUGCUGCUUCCAUUCGUACAUGAAUAAAGUCAUAUUUGUGUAGAGGAAGUACAUUAACAAGAUUGGUUCUUCAUUAAACUUUUUAAUAUUAUGCCAGUUUGCUAAUAUAAAAUCAUUUAGUUGUAGGGUAUGUAUUUUUAAUAUUUAUGUUGAAAGGAGGCUUUUAACUAGACUUUUUAUCAUUAUUUUAUUUUGAGACAGGGUCUUACUCUGUUGCUUGGCCUAGAAUGUAGUGAUGUCAUCAAAGCUCACAGCAAUCUCAGACUCAUGGGUUGAGUGAUCACCCUGCUCAGCCUCUUUAGUAGAUGGGACUACAAGCCACAUCACCAUGCCUGGCUUUUUUUUUUUUUAACUUUUUUUAGAGACUGAGUCUUGCUCUUAUUUAAGCUGGCCCUGCACUCCUGUGCUCAGCUGUAGACUUUUCAAAGUGAAGAGUCAUAGUAUCUUUAAAUUUUAAUGCCACAAGAUUUUCCCCUCAUAUCCAUGCUAAAGACAGAUGAGAUAAAACAAGGUGUAAAACAUUUUAAAAUUAGGACUGUUUAAAGUAAGAAGUGGCAUAUAGCUUGUGUGUUUCGUGUGAGUGUGGUGUGUAAGCUUUUGAAAAUAGGGUUAGUACUUGAUUCAUCCCUAUAGUCUGCAUAAUACCUAGCACAGUUGUUGCACAUAAUUAAAAUGUAUAAAAUUUAAUUGAAUUUGACACAGGAAUCAUAUUGAGUAAAUGUUCAAAAUACCUGGCAAAUUUUGGGCAUAGUAUAAAUGUUGGUAAAACCAGCUUGAUUUUAAAGGCUCUGUAUGGUUGUUAUCAGCAUCAGUAAGACAGUCAAAUUAAAAACUGUGUAUUAUUC